AUGUACAGAAAUAGGAGCAGAUCUAAGAAAAAUGAAGACGAUGGUGUCAAGGGGCCAAGCUCCGCUCUUACACAAUUCUUAAGAGAUCAAGGUAUCAGUGCCCAAGCCAUUAAAGACCGUUGGAAACAGCAGCAAAAGGGAGAAGAAGAGGAACAGCAAAAAGAGUCCGAGCCAAAUGCAGCACAAGACGAAGCUACUAUACAGUCUUUGAAGUCGGAGACGGAUGAUACUGAGCAGACUGCGCUAUUGGGUGACAGCGAUUCAAAUACCGAGACGGAUGACGACUUACCGUUUGAUCGGCGAAUUAAAGUGGACCAGGACAGUGAUGAAGAGGAGUACGGUAGUGAUGAAACCUCAGUGAAGAAGCGAGCUAGCAUAAAAACCACACUGGCAGAUAAAAAGAGACAGAGCCAAGUCUUGCAAAAUCGUAGAAAGAAAAGAAAAAGAGCCGCCGAUUUGCUAGAUAGGAAACUAGACAGAAUACCAACUUUGCAAGACCUUUGUAUCAAAAGAAUAAGUGGAAAUAUUUAUGACCUUCAAAAAGGAAAUGAAAAAAACGAAGACACGUUCUUUUCACAGAUUAGAGAUGUUCUUGGUGGUAUAUCGACAGACAACCUGAACAAUCUGGGUAAAGCAUUAUCUAAAAAUAGGGCAUUGAAUGAUAGUACGUUGCAGCUCUUUUUGAAAACGGAUUUAAAUGACUUGACAUUUUAUGAUUGUUCUAAGCUAUCCUUUGAAGGCUAUAAGUCUUUAGCUAUAUUUUGUCCUCAUUUAACUAAAGUUUCACUUCAAAUGUGUGGGCAAUUGAACAAUGAAGCUCUUUUGUAUAUGAGUGAAAAAUUGACAAACUUGAGUGCAGUACAUCUAGAUGGACCAUUCUUGAUCAACAGCGAUACAUGGGACAAAUUUUUUCGAAAUAUGAAGGGUAGGCUAACAGAGUUUCACAUAUCAAAUACUCACAGAUUUACUGAUAGGUCAUUGAGUAGUCUCUUAAUUAAUUGCGGGUCAGAUUUACUCUCUUUGAAAUUUUCUCGUCUAGAUUCAGUUUUCAACUAUGCUUUACUGCCGCAAUAUAUUAACAAUGAUCAACUGCAUACGUUAGCUAUCGAAUAUCCCUUCAAUGAGGGAGAUGUUACUGAUGAGGUAAUAAUAAAUAUCUUAGGCCAAAUCGGGUCAAAUAUAAAGGCCUUAAUUCUAAAUGGAUGUAGCGAUCUAACUGAUUCCAUGGUGAUUAAUGGAAUGACAUCAUUCUUGGCAGAUAAUAGAUCACUGACUGUAUUGGAGUUAGAGGAAUUGAAUUCUAUAUCCACUGACAGCCUGAUGUACUUUUUUAAUGCCGUCCCACUUCCAAAUUUAAAGCAUUGCAGUUUGAAAAGAUGCUCUCAAAUUGGAGAUAUGGCUGUUAUUGAACUUCUAUUAAAUGACGCCAAAGAAUCACUGGAAUAUCUUAAUCUAAACUCAAUUAAAGCGUUGACUAAGGAAUCUAUUUUAAUGAUGAGCUGCCCUAAACUUACGCAUCUCGACGUUUCAUUUGUAAGAUGCGUUGAUGAUAGCGUUGUGGAAAAGGUUGGGUCUCAAAAUCCAAGUCUUAAAUUGAUGGAGGUCUUUGGUGAUAAUUUGAUUACGCGCAAGGCGAAACUGUCUCUUGGUUUGACUCUUACUGGCCGUGAAAGUGACACUAUAUGA